UUUCAUAAUCGUUUUGUGUUUAAAAAUAGCCGCCUCCUCCUCCUCCUCCUCCUCGACCUCCUCGACCUCCUCUUGCUCUGUUUCUCAGUUCUCCAUUACAGCUUCUACAUUGAAGCGCCUUCUAAUACUGGUAUCCCCAAUUGAAGCAGCGUCUGAGAACCCUGUAAUGUUAGAAUUGAACUAUGAAAUUAGAGCAACAACCCAUGCCCCCAAACAGAAGCAGAAAAGAAAAUUGAACAUAGAUCUCAAUAAAGAUCUAAAUGAAGAUGAUGAGAGUGGGAAUCUGGAUUUGAUUAGUGGCUUACCUGAUGAUGUUUUGAUCUUCAUGUUGUCCUUAGUGGAUAUUAAAACAGCAGGAAGAAGUAGCCUUCUUUCCAAGAGGUGGAGACAUGUUUGGACUCACCUCAUGGAUCUAGAUUUCGACAACCCCGAAACCACUGCUAUUGCAAUGACUCUAAAAUAUACAAGCUAUGCGCUACCCGAAAUGGAUAAUUAUGUUAAAUGUGUUAACCAGGUUAUAAAUGCAAAUGGAGCUCCAUAUCUUAAUAGCUUCAGAAUACACUUUCCCUUGAGCAUUUUUUAUGCUGCUGUUAUUAACAAUUGGCUCAAAUUUUCCUUCAGUAAAGAGGUUCGCAAUUUGGAGAUCAAUUUGGAGGGAGGUUGUUCAAGGAUCCAUUUUUCUAACAUUUUUUCUACCAACCCUGCCAUGAUUGUGAACACUACACUUGAAUCGCUCCACUUAAGUUCAGUGUCUAUAGAUGGACCUCUACUUGAAUGGGUAGUAUCUAAUUGUGUUAAUCUUCAGCGUCUAUCGCUUCAUAGCUGCAAGACCAGGUCUGACAUCCCUUCUAAACACCAAAAACUUGUUGUCUCAUCCCUUAAACUCAAAUACUUGGAGAUUUUUUGGUGCUUCAGACCUCUCAACAUUCAAGCACUCCAUAUAUUUGCUCCAAAUCUUACUUCUUUUGUAUUUUUUGAGUCUAUAAUUGAUGUGGAGUAUCGUAACGUUACAUCACUGGUGGAUGCUGCUUUUGGAGGGCCACAUUGCCGUCACAUUUUCCGUAAUUUGGGCAUCCUAUCUGGUUUCUCUUCUCAACUUGAAAAACUCUCAAUCGAGUGGUGUCAGGUACGCUCAGCAUCUAGUGGAUUUCCAACCUUUGCUAAUGUUAAGCAACUGGAGAUUUUUUAUUCCCAAACUGAUUACAACUCUUUUUCCUUGACCUCCUUGAUUGAGGCAUGUCCUCUGUUGCAUACAUUUAAAUUGAAGCUAUGCCUGCAUAGGAGCUGGAUAGAAUCGCCAAAUUUACCCCCGAAGGAUGCUCAAGUUAAAGCAAUACGUUCCCAUCAGCACCUUAAGACUGUAGAGUAUGUUGGCUAUGGUGGGUGUGCUUUUGCUUCCGAGCUUGCACUUUUUCUAACAUGGCACGUUCCCGUGGUUAACAAGUUUAUUUUUGAUCCUCAUCCAUCCCUGUAUGUAAGAAAGCCACGAACUAGAGUGUAUAGCAGUAAAUAUAGGGAUAAAUUGGAAAUCGCGAGACGUCAUGCUGAGCUACUUGCGAAGCAAAUUCAAAUUCGAAGAGGUGUUGAUGUGGUGAUUCUGUGAUGGGAUGCUCUGAGUCGUUUUAUGCUUCAGAAUAUUUAUGUGACUGAGCCACUGAGGUGUACCUCAUGUCGUUUGGGAAUAAUUUUGUAUUAUACUAGAAAAUCUGUCUGGUAUUUACCCAGGACCUUAGGAAUCAUAAUUUAUCGCAAUGAGAUGGUACAUUUUGCUCUCUA